AUGCCAGCGGAGCCAGAUUGGAGUGCAAUCCAAGCCUCUCUGCGGGUGUUGAAUGUGGCGAAAACGAUUUACCCUGCGAUUCUUGUCGUCGUUUUUGUCGUCGCGUUCGUCUACCAUGGCAUCAAGACUGCCCCCGAUGAUGCGGGCAAGGUCAAAAUUCGCCCCAUGCGAGGUCCGGGCGGACGACCUCUCCCAAUCCGAAGGAAGUCCGCCAAUCAAGUGAAGGAAGCUGCGGCGGUGCAAGACCUCUCACCGGCAGUCAAGAACGUAUUCAAGGUCGGCCAGGUCAUUGUCAUCUUGACCUUUUUGGGCAAUGCGGCGAUCUUGCUUUUUGAGAUCUUGCUGAAUCGAAAAGACGAGUGGUGGCCUGGGAAGAAUGCCGUGAUCUAUGUCAUCGCGUCAACGUUCCUCUGGCUCGUUGUCUUCAUUUCUAUCCUGGAUACGAAACCCUCCCCAAACUCCGCCCACUUUGUCACAUGGCUCUGCGCGGUGCCUCUGGAGGUCGUUAUCGUCGCGGCUAGUCUCCGAAUAUAUACCGCACCCCAUCACGAGCCCCGGGUGGGCAACCAGCAAGGAGGCAAGUAUAGGGAGAGAAUUACGGGAUGGGAGACGCUCGAAGUCGUUGUCAAUCUUGGCCGACUCAUUUUCCUCCUCGGCUUGUCAGUACUCUUCCUUGCCCUCAAGUUUAAUUGGGAUAGACCCAAGGAGUCGGCUUCAGCCACCCAGGAUGAGAGGAGCCCGUUACUCGGCCGCGACACUGAAGCCGGGGUGCGCCCAAAUGGUCAUGCUCGUCAUGGAGACGCCCGAAACACUCCGUCAUCAGAACCCAAGGAGCAAGUGGACGCUUGGGCCAAGCCAACUGAAGUUCCAAAUAUUACUUGGUUUGCAUAUCUGAGAGGUUUCCUCUUGCUGAUACCAUAUCUCUGGCCUAAAAAAUCCUUCAAGCUACAACUUCUUGCGGGUAGCUGCUUUCUCAUCAUGAUCAGCCAGCGAGUUAUCAAUGUCUUCGUCCCUGUCAUGGUAGGCAAAAUCACCGAUGCCCUCUCCGGCGAUGACGGCCGUGGAGUUCGGGCCCCUUGGUUGGAUAUCGCUUUGUACAUCAUGUUUAGAUGGCUUCAAGGCUCGCAGGGGAUCCUCAGCGCAGCUAGGUCGAUACUCUGGAUUCCUGUCGAGCAGUACUCGUACCGCGCGAUUUCAACAGCUGCCUUCGAACAUGUGCAUGGUCUGAGCGCGGAGUUUCACACGGGAAAGCGCACUGGCGAGUUGAUCUCGGCUUUGAACAAGGGAAGCUCGAUCAACUCAUUUCUCGAAAUGGUGACUUUCCAAGUUGGCCCAAUGGUUUUUGAUCUUGUGGUCGCGGUCGUGUACCUCACCAUCAAGUUCGACGCGUACCUGGGCCUGGUUGUCGCCAUUGUCACAUUUCUAUACAUCUAUGUCACCAUCCGUCUUGCGUCAUGGCGAGUCACCCUGCGCCGAAACUACGUCAAUGCCCAGAGAGAGAUGGAAGCAGUGAAAAACGAUUCCCUGCACUCUUGGGACACGGUGAAAUACUUCAACGCGGAAGAGUACGAGUUUAACCGGUACAGAUCCUCGAUCAAGCUCAUGCAGAGCUUCGAAUACUGGGUGGACGUCACCCUGGCCUACAUGAACACGGUGCAGGGUGCACUCUUCAUGGUUGCCCUGCUGAUCGCCAGCUUCAUUGAAGCCUUCGAAGUUGCGCAAGGUGAUCAGACCGUGGGCAACUUUGUGCUUCUGAUAACCUACAUGGCUCAGUUGCAGGGCCCUUUGAAUUUCUUUGGGACUUUCUACCGGGCGAUCCAAUCCAAUCUAAUCAACGCGGAGAGGAUGCUGGAACUUUUCAAAGAACAACCACAUGUUAUCGACCGAGAAGGCGCCGAGGAGCUGGUAGAAUGUUCUGGCGAUAUCAUAUUCGACAAUGUGAGCUUCGGUUACAACAAACAGAAACCGGCCCUUGACCGACUGAGUUUCCGCUGUCCGCCAGGGACCACCACCGCACUUGUUGGUGAAUCGGGUGGUGGUAAGAGUACUAUCAUGAGACUGAUUUUCCGCUACUAUAAUCCAGACUCGGGGCAAAUCAAGGUCGAUGGUAAAGAUGUCCAAGAUAUCACCAUUGACUCAUUGCGAAGAUUCAUCGGCGUUGUACCUCAGGAUUGCAACAUGUUCAAUGAGUCGAUCAUGUACAAUCUUCGAUAUGCCAACCAAAACGCCACGGAUGAAGAGAUAUUCGAAGCUUGCAAAGCGGCCUCGAUCCAUGACCGAAUCAUGGAGUUCCCCAACGGCUACGACACAAAAGUUGGCGAACGAGGGGUGCGCCUUUCUGGUGGGGAACGUCAACGGGUUGCGAUAGCCCGAACGAUCCUCAAAAACCCUCGCAUCACCAUGCUUGACGAAGCCACUGCAGCCCUCGAUACGGACACGGAGGAGAGAAUUCAGGAGUCUUUCAACACUCUCGCUGAAGGACGGACGAUGAUCAUCAUCGCCCAUCGCCUCAGCACCAUCGUAAACGCUAACCAGAUCCUGGUUCUUUCUAAUGGAACCGUGAUCGAAAGCGGAACGCACGAGGAACUCAUCGCCUUGGGGGGCAGAUAUGCAAGCAUGUGGCGGAAGCAGUCAAGAGCCGAGAAGGCCGCCGCAGAGGCUGCCGAGCUAAGAACUCGAGCGAAGAAGGCGUUGGAAGAGGCAGAGGCUGACAGUGCCAGUGUCAGUGAAGAAGAGGUCGAGCAAUCCAAGAAGCGCGACAAGGGCCAGUGGUCCAAGGGCCAUAAGAGGGUCAAUUUCAGCGAAAGCAGUCAUCUGCGGGCGAAUUGGACAAUGGAUGAGCACGAUCGAGACGGUGACGACCGAUCAGACACCUCCCAGACGGGACAUGGGGAUGGCGGACACGGCCAUUCGGGAAAGCCUCCGGGCCACCCUUGA